UCCUGUUUUCAUUUUGUGAAUUUGUUUUGUUGUUCAAUUUGGUUGGAUUGUAGUUGUUUAAUAAUUGUUCAUUAAUAGUAUAAACCUAUGUUACUAAAGAUUUUUGAAUUGUUAAGAAAUAAUUAACAUAACGACAAGAUGCUCAGUACGAAAAUUCAUAUUGUUUUAAGCUCAAUAGGCAUAGUAUUGGGUAUAUCUGCAUUUAUAUGUUUUUGCAUUGUUUAUGCCAAUAUUGAAGCUGGAAUGUGGGCGCUUAUGUCUGGUAUAAAUGCUGGUCUUUCCUUGAUGCUGCAUUGCCAUUACCUCAAAGAAUCCCUGCAUGCCAACUUCUCCCGGAGAGCUCUUCACUACAUUGGCUCAGUUGGAGUUGUAGGAUUUGUCUCUGGCUUGGCACUGACUAUUUUCUAUAUAUUCCUGGAAAUCUAUUAUAAAACAGAUGUAAUGCCAAUACAAUCUAGCAUCGUGAUCAAACUGGUGUGGUCAUUCAUGAUGAUGAAAUGGGGAUUCCUCCUCUACUGGACCACCAGGAAGUACCUCAAAACAUACAAUGACCAACAGCUGUUCUCAGAAAACCCGAACAUUGAAGACACAUAAUUUAUUUAGGGUAUGUUUCUUUUGCCACUUCUAAGUUGACAACAAUAUGUUCUGUGUUCUACUGUGAUUACUUUUGCACUAUUUCAUUUUUUUUUUCAUUAACUAACAUUAUAUUUUACUAUACUGUAACUUAUUUAAACCUAUAUCACAAGAUGUGGUUUAUAUAUUAUUUAUUAUUUUUUUCAAAUAUUGGAUAUUCGGUAACAUAUGUACUGUUACUAUAUAAAGAUUUAACUUACAUACAAUGCAUCAAAAAAUUUAUAUAUCCCAGAUCUCUUGGUUUAUAAGUUUAGUUAUUAUUCUCUAUUAUUAAAUUACAGUUUGUUAUAGGUAGUGUGUUUAGCUGCAUCAUAUUCUCAUUUUCCUUAAAUUGUAUGUGGUGCCAAAAGGUAAAUGCAAAGCAAUAAUCUUACUUUCUAUAUUUAUAUGUGUCAUAAUUAAGAUGACUUACAAGGUGUAAAAACUGAUUUUACUAUUUUCUUUUUUAAGUUAUUCCAUGUAGAAAAUUCAAAAUUAUAAAUACAUUGGAAUAGAUUUAUUUUUAGUCAAAUUAUACUUAAGAAUGUAAUUGUAAUCAUUUUUCGUUAAACUAUUACAAAAAGUUCAAAUGUUUCACUUGAUAUAAUAUAAAUGAAACUAUUUACUUUUAUUUAUUAAAAAUGGUUUGCAUAUACGUCAAUGCCGUUGCAUCUGAUCGGUGGACAUGAUAUAUUUUACUACAGUACAUUUUACUCUUAAAUCUGCGUUAAUUAUGUAGAUUCACAUAAUUCCAUAAUAAAAUAUGGUUUGUGGUUAUUUUCUCCAAAUAAAUUGCUUUCUAUCGAAAUAUGUAAUAACUCAAAUCCUGCUUUAGUCAAAGCCAAAAUAAAGAUAUCCAGUUUACCUUAUAAACGACACACAUUUUAGUACGUUAAAAGAACAAUAUGUCAGACAGGGUCAAUAUAAUAAUAAAACACCAGUGAAGAAAUAUGUGAAGGUUUUUAUACCAAUAUACUUAGGACUAAUUUACUAGAUUAAUGUGGUUAAAAAUGAAUGUAAAUAGCUUUAUUUUCAGUUUUUUAUUAAAAAAAAACUACAUUCUAAGUAGGGGCUUGUAAAGUAAUAUAUAAUAAUAUAUUUAUUUAUAGAGAAUACAAAAUAAAUCUUGAAAACAUCUAA